CCGAUCUCUCCACACUCCUUUGCUAUCGUCUUGCUGUUCCCCUUGGCGCGACAUGUCGGUGGCCCUGGUGCUAGAUGCGACUGACGUAGCCAAUGCCUUCGCUACAAGUUACAUUGAGGCUGCCGCUAUGACAGCACUCAUAUACGAUCACUUGCUCACUCUCGCCGAAGAGAUCGAGCUCAUAUGGAAAUCGUCAUUCUCUCUUGUCAAAAUAUUGUUUCUCAUCAAUCGGUACUCAGUGCUGGGAGUGAUGCUCGUACAGACCUGGUCUAUGGCGGGCUAUGCGACUGGGUUAAAUGAUCACGUCUGUCGUAACCUUUUCUUUGCAGUCUCAACCUGGCAACUCAUUGCUGGGGGUGGAAUAUCGCCUUUCCUCCUGUUCCUCCGUGUCUGGUCCAUCUACGGCCGAACACGGACGGUACAAGUUGUCGUAGGCGGGCUGUGCGCCGCCAACUUCAUAGCGAUCCUCAUCAGUGCGACCCUCAACAUCUGGAUCCUGUUAGGGAAUAUAUACUAUGCUCCGCAGAUUAACCGGUGUGUCUGUACUCAACGCCCAGAAUAUGUGUGGGUUAUCUGGGUCACCCCGUUGAUAUACGAGACCGUUAUAUUUGGUAUGAUCGCAUACAAGACUUGGACACAUAUGCGGGAAGACAUCCAGACGCCCAUUAUCACCGCGCUGUGGCAAGAUGGUAUACUGUAUUUCACCGUCCUCGUCGCUGUGCGUUUGUAUACUAUUCUUGCAUGGAUUGUUGCGCCGCCCUCUCUGUUCUUUAUGGGAAUAUACCUCAUGCUCGCCACCAUAACAACCAUGGCGUCGCGAACGAUCCUCCACCUGCGCGCCGCCGCGCGCCAGCGGGACAGCGGAUACAUCACUCCUUCCUGGGUGGCAGAAGAGUCGGGCCUCCCGCCUAUGUCCGAGUGGCUUGGCCUCCGAGUGAUCACUUGGACGGACGGCAUCAACGUGGUCGACGGCGACGCCGUUGCACGCGGGGCAAUGAGCAUCCAGGCUGGCAACCUGGUGCAUUCGCGGUCGACGAGCACGCUGCGCAGAGACGUCGUCAGCGUGAGAAGGGAGACCGAAGUCGUGAGGGACUGAGCUCGACGUGCACCGCACCCAUCGGGCAAGGACGGGAGAUGCGCGCCACGCAUUCAUCGGCGGGCGUGGGGGGCACCCGGCGGCGACAGUCAAUUAUGAUCCUACCUUCUCGGAACUGAAUUUGGCGUUGCGGGGUACUGAUGGCUGUACAAGGAAAGUGAAGAAGCUUAACCAAUUCAUUCUUGCAUUCAUUGAGAGUUGCUAUGCCUCGCAUAACUUCGAUAAAACUAUCUGAAUACACAACGAUCCAAAC